UUGAUUCAUCGUGUCCGACAAUAUUGUUAUGAGAUUUUUUUAUACCUCGUUACGCCAUUUAUUAUUUACGCUAUCGAUGAUAUUGCUGCGUCGAACGUUGUGAAACGUGCUCGUCGAGUGAACGAUUGUUUCAAUUUUUUCGUCUUCGAUGGAAGCGUUGUUUAAACCCGUCAAUUUGUCCUCCGAGUCGAGGAACGUUAGCUAGAAGUUCCAGCGGACUGACUGGAAAAUAAUGUGAUAUCUUUUUUCUUUUUAAAUCUAUUAAAGUGAUGGCAUCUGUUUGUCGCCGUUGGCGGCUAUGGAUUUUACCAGUUCUAACGUGUCUAUACGCGCUCCUUAUUAUAAUCGUGGUGCCUAUUUUAAUAGCAAAUUCCAUUAAAAAUGGUUUUGAACAACAAGAUCAAGGAGCGCUCGUUGGUGGUGCAUUUGUGUUGCUGGCAUUGCCCAUUGCUUUCUAUGAAAUUGUACAACAUAUGAUAUAUUACACGCAACCCAGGCUGCAGAAGUAUAUAAUAAGGAUAUUAUGGAUGGUACCAAUUUAUGCAGUGAAUGCUUGGCUUGGGCUCGUUUACCCCGAGGGCAGUAUAUACGUGGACAGUUUGAGAGAGUGCUACGAAGCCUAUGUAAUAUAUAAUUUUAUGAUGUAUUUAUUGGCCUACUUGGAUGCGGAUCGUCAGUUGGAACAUAGACUUGAAAUGUCUCCUCAGGUACAUCACAUGUUCCCGUUGUGUUGUUUGCCUGACUGGGAGAUGGGAAGGGAAUUUGUACAUAUGUGCAAACAUGGGAUAUUGCAAUAUACUGCUGUUAGGCCUAUAUCAACUUUAAUAUCAUUUAUUUGCGAGCUCAAUGGUGUAUACGGGGAAGGUGAAUUCAGAACAGACGUCGCUUUUCCAUACAUGAUCGCAGUGAAUAACUUAUCGCAAUUCGUCGCCAUGUAUUGUUUGGUGCUUUUCUAUCGUGCCAACGCAGAGGCUUUAAAACCAAUGAAACCAAUUGGCAAGUUUCUGUGCAUCAAAGCGGUCGUGUUCUUCUCCUUCUUUCAAGGAGUAAUGAUCGCGUUGUUGGUGUACUUCGAUGUCAUAUCAAGUAUCUUUAAUACGAGGAACGUGGAUGAUAUCAGAAAUAUAUCAUCGAAGCUGCAGGAUUUCCUAAUAUGUAUCGAGAUGUUUCUAGCGGCGGUGGCUCAUCAUUAUAGUUUUACUUACAAACCUUUUGUAAAUCUAGCUCAAGGACAAGCAUGGUGGGACGCAUUCAGAGCCAUGUGGGAUGUCUCUGACGUACACAAUGAUAUCAAAGAGCAUCUAGGCGUAGUAGGAUCGUCGUUGAGUCGCAGGAUACGUGGUCGUAGUGCUUAUCAGCAAGCUUGGGGGAGCGCGACGGAACGUACGUCUCUGCUCCCCGAGGCGACGGUGAUCACGGCCAGAAGCGCGCCCGCGUGUUCCUUUUCCGGUUACAAUACAGGCGAAGCUGACGGGAUGCCCGGUACCGUCGAUCUUAUUCCAGAUAUGCAGGAUUCCAGCAACGUGGUAAAAACGUAACUCAUCAAUAAAUAAGUCUAAAUUAAGAGCAUUGAACAAGGCCAUUUUGUCUGGGACAAUUUAUCCGAUAUUAAUCUGUUGUAUUGCUAGGAUUAUACGUUUAAGCAGAGAAGUAUAGUUUUGCAACGAGCGUUUUCCCUGUACUGUACAAAUUCUCAUUCUACCGUUUCUAACGACACGCGCGACAUCCGAUACGAAUUAAAGAUCUAACACAUCACGUCCAUUUUACGAGAACGCUUUCUUUCCUCUUGAUUUGCGGCCAAACUAUCGCCUCUCGAGUUACCAAUGAUGUACUACCAAAUAAUUGUAUAUAAUAAUGUUUAUACUUAGAACAAUAUAUCGGUACAGUCAUAUUUAUAAACGUGUUGCGCUAUUUAUUGUUGAUUUAUCAACCCCAGAAGUGCACAACACACUUCUCUCUAUUCACGCUGGGCAGAGUUGGGCGUUGCUUCCAUGAUAAAUUUCUGUUUGUAUAAAGAUUCGAAGAAAUUUGCAUGUCGUUUGCAACGAUCGUCUGGAUGUUGUGUUUGUUACCUAAUACGUCUUGUACGACUUCUUGAUCGAUGGGAAUUUUGCCCGACUCUCGAAACAUCGAAUAUACCGUAAAUAACGAGGGAAAAGAAAUUGAACAUUCCUGCCAAAUGUACAUCAUUGUUUAAUUUUAUAUUAGCUACGACGGAUAUCAAAUUAUAUACGAAGGAAGGAAUAUUUAAAUACGUACGAUUUUAAUGCACCGACGAUCAGCGAAAAUUGAGCUGGUAUUGUCAAACAAUGGGUGAACUUAAAAUUAAAAUUUUCGUCCUGUGUCGUUGAUGCGUUAAUUCACGCUACACAUAAGUUUACAUCAUAUCGACCUGUUUCUCGUGCAUAAGUGGUGUUUAUUAUCAUAGAAAGACAUCUAGUGGAAACAUUUUAUUUUGUAUAUUUUUAGAAUGAUAGUUUUGACAAAAAUUCUUUUUAUUUGGUCAAUGAAAGUUUACCAAUUUUAGAAGAAAUUGCGAAUUCACGCGAACGCGUACGAACAUCAAAUAUUUUAUCAGACGUUCGGACCAAAAAGAGGGUAUAUUUUACGUCUGAGUUAGUAUCUUCAGAAUUUACUAACGGAUCAGAGACACUAGCUUUUCUGGCUGACAUAGUCAUUUACAUCGUCAAUUAAACUUCAAAGAAAAGAACAAUAUUUUUAAUAUGUUCCUACAAUGUUGGUUAUAACUUUGUAACAUAUUGGGAACCAUUAGUUAUUUAUUAAUAUGAAUUUAUAAAUAGGAAUAAAUUUCAUCAAAAUACGUUUUAAAACUUCACGGUACCACGAGAAGGAUCUUAGGCAUAGAUUGCGUAUUUUAAUAAUCUCUACCACUUUUGUACAAAAAGAUAUCUCAAUUUCGUAAGUACUUAACAAGCGAUUCUGUUAAGUGUCAAUGACAAACUUCCUGGAUGAGAAAAGAUUAUACAAUAAAAAAAAGUUUCAAAACAACACCGUCUACAUACAUAAAAUUACGUCUAUCGAACAAUACUCGUCGCGUUUUUUAAUCUACAGUCAAGGACAAAAGUGUUCGUACA